UUUGCUCAGUUGCUAAUUUUCUGCCCCGACGUUUGGUGUUUCUAAAAAUUUUCUGUAUAAAUCAUUUGAAACUUUCAUUGGAAUUGUAGAGAAAAUAAAUAAGUUUUAAGUGCAAGAGUUUUGCACAAAUCGAGUUAUAGUGACGUGACGACAACUAGCAUUUUGAAUUUAUACAUUCCAAUUUGAUAAUCGAAGUGAAGUGCGUACCUAGAAAACGGUAUAUAACACAAACGAAUUAAAAAAAGAAGAAACAGUUACAACAACCGAAUAACCUACAAACGUAGUCGCAGUGAUUACUAUCAGUGGCCGUAAGGCAGCCACUUUUCGAGUCAGGGCAGAGGCCCAAGCAGUACAACUACCAGCAAAAUGGAGCAACUAAUUCCAAUUGUUAAUAAGCUACAAGAUGCAUUCACGCAAUUGGGCGUGCAUAUGCAGCUUGAUUUGCCACAGAUCGCUGUCGUAGGCGGUCAAUCGGCCGGAAAGAGUUCGGUGUUGGAGAAUUUCGUUGGCAAAGAUUUUUUGCCACGUGGUUCUGGCAUUGUAACACGUCGACCAUUGAUCUUGCAGUUGAUUAACGGUGUUACCGAACAUGGUGAGUUUCUGCAUUGUAAGGGUAAGAAAUUCACCAGUUUCGAUGAGAUCCGCAAAGAGAUCGAGGAUGAAACGGAUCGUGUGACCGGCAGUAAUAAGGGCAUAUCCAAUAUACCAAUCAAUUUGCGUGUCUACUCACCACACGUACUCAAUUUGACACUCAUCGAUUUGCCUGGUCUAACCAAGGUGGCAAUCGGCGAUCAGCCCGUUGAUAUUGAACAACAAAUUAAAGGAAUGAUCUUUCAAUUUAUACGCAAGGAAACUUGCCUCAUUUUGGCUGUAACACCAGCCAAUACAGAUUUAGCCAAUUCGGAUGCAUUGAAGCUGGCCAAAGAGGUCGAUCCACAGGGUGUGCGCACAAUUGGUGUCAUCACCAAACUCGAUCUCAUGGACGAGGGUACAGAUGCGCGUGAUAUUUUAGAGAAUAAAUUAUUGCCACUGCGACGCGGUUAUAUUGGUGUGGUGAAUCGUUCACAGAAGGAUAUUGAGGGUCGCAAGGAUAUUCAUCAGGCAUUGGCGGCUGAACGCAAAUUCUUCCUUAGUCAUCCAUCAUAUCGACAUAUGGCCGAUCGUUUGGGCACACCAUAUCUACAGCGCGUGCUCAAUCAACAGUUGACCAAUCAUAUUCGUGAUACGCUUCCCGGUUUGCGUGAUAAAUUACAAAAGCAAAUGUUGACACUGGAAAAGGAUGUGGAGCAAUUUAAGCACUUCAGACCCGAUGACCCCAGCAUUAAGACGAAGGCGAUGUUACAAAUGAUCCAGCAGUUGCAGUCAGAUUUUGAGCGUACCAUUGAAGGUUCCGGUUCAGCUUUGGUCAAUACAAAUGAACUAUCUGGUGGUGCUAAAAUCAAUAGGAUUUUCCACGAACGUUUACGUUUCGAGAUUGUAAAAAUGGCUUGUGAUGAAAAGGAAUUACGACGCGAAAUCUCAUUCGCCAUUCGUAAUAUACAUGGUAUUCGUGUGGGCCUGUUCACACCCGACAUGGCCUUCGAGGCGAUUGUGAAGCGUCAAAUUGCACAACUAAAAGAGCCGGUCAUCAAGUGUGUCGAUCUAGUCGUACAGGAGUUGUCCGUUGUGGUGCGCAUGUGCACAGAUAAGAUGUCACGCUAUCCACGCUUGCGUGAGGAAACCGAACGCAUCAUCACCACACACAUACGCCAGCGUGAACAGUACUGUAAGGAACAAAUUCUGUUACUCAUCGAUUUCGAAUUGGCCUACAUGAAUACCAAUCAUGAGGAUUUCAUUGGCUUUGCAAAUGCUCAGAAUAAAUCUGAAAAUGCCAAUAAGACUGGCACACGCCAGUUGGGCAAUCAGGUUAUACGCAAAGGCUAUAUGGUCAUACAAAAUUUGGGCAUUAUGAAAGGCGGUUCGCGUCCCUAUUGGUUUGUACUGACAUCGGAGAGUAUUUCCUGGUACAAGGAUGAGGAUGAGAAGGAGAAGAAAUUUAUGUUGCCGUUGGAUGGUUUGAAAUUACGCGAUAUUGAACAGGGCUUCAUGUCAAUGUCAAGACGUGUCACAUUUGCUUUAUUCAGUCCAGAUGGACGUAAUGUUUAUAAGGAUUACAAACAACUUGAGCUGUCCUGUGAGACCGUUGAGGAUGUGGAAUCAUGGAAGGCUUCAUUCCUACGCGCCGGCGUAUAUCCCGAGAAGCAAGUGGCACAGGAGAAUGGCGAUGAGCAGGAAGGACAAGAGUCUGCUAGCGAGGAGAGCACAUCGGAUCCACAGUUGGAACGUCAAGUGGAGACCAUACGUAAUUUGGUUGACUCAUACAUGAAGAUUGUCACAAAGACCACACGCGAUAUGGUACCCAAAGCUAUAAUGAUGUUGAUUAUUAAUAAUUCAAAAGAUUUCAUUAACGGCGAACUGUUGGCGCAUUUGUAUGCCACAGGUGAUCAGGCACAAAUGAUGGAAGAGUCGGCGGAAUCAGCCACAAAACGUGAGGAGAUGUUACGCAUGUACCACGCCUGCAAGGAAGCGCUAAGAAUUAUUGGUGAUGUUUCCAUGGCCACAGUGUCCUCACCGCUACCACCACCUGUCAAAAAUGACUGGUUGCCCAGCGGUUUGGAUAAUCCACGUCUCUCACCACCAAGUCCUGGUGGUCCACGCAAACCUGCACCAACAUCACAGGGCUCUUUGGGUAGCGCCGGUGGACGCGGCCCACCACCACCACCCGCAUCAGGGCGCCCAGCACCAGCGAUUCCCAAUCGCCCAGGCGGCGGUGCACCACCAUUGCCAGGCGGUCGUCCUGGCGGCGCUCUGCCACCACCACUAUUACCUUCCCGUGUCACCGGAGCGGUCGGCGGUGCGAUUACCCAACAGAGUGGCGCAAACCGUUACAUACCGGCGAGUAUGCAGGGGCAGGUGAAUCAAGUCGUGGGCCAGGCAGCCGUGAAUGAACUUUCGAACGUUUUUGCGACACGCUUCAAUCGUCCUGUGCCGAAUGCACCACCCAAACUGCCGGAGCGACCUUCAUACUAUGGCAACACCACAAAUGGACGGCCAUACUAAGCAGGCAGCAAAAUGGCGGUUGUGCCAUUUUAAAGGUACUCGUAUUGCGAGUGGAUUCCACCGCUUUUGUUGGUGUUCGUAUACAACAAUACACAAGAAAUAGACUUAAAAUAUUUAACACAAGAAGGUAGUGAAAAGAAAAUAACGUUUAAAUUGAUAAGAUUGACAUACGCCUGAUUGAACUAAUUGAACUUAGUGUUUAACGAAAGAGAAAGCAAGCGAAAAAAACAACAAAAAAGAAAAAAAAAAGAAACGAAAUUUAAAACUAGCAGCAGCGUGUAGUUUUAGUUUGUAAGCGCGUGUUGUAUUUGUAAUUUGUGGCCGUAAUUACAGUGUGUGUGUUAACAAAAAAAAUGUGUUUAUUAGCUGACGUUAAUGAAAGAAAAUUAAAUUUUCGUUCCGCAAAACGCAUAAAAUUCAUUAUAAUAUUGUUUACAAACUGUAAAAUGUAUUCUUUACACCAGCAGUGGCGAAUAAAAUACGUAGAAAUUGAAAAAAAUAUAACUAACCUAACUCUCAAGCGACAAACUCAAACCCCACUCGAAACUAAUACAAAAUAAUUUAUGAAAAUUGAAUUUUUUUUAUGUAAAAAAUGCCAAAAGCACAUGUAAAUAAUAUUCAAAUUUAAUAGAAAACAAAAUUUGUAUGCCACAAUGCCGCAAUAUCAGCUAACACAGCCACUCCACCACACCACUUUUUGCAGCACACGCUUUUACAACAAAAUUUCUACAAAAAAAACACUAAAAUUUGUAAAUAAAUAAAAGAAUACACAAUACAUAAUUAAUUAUACACAGCUACGUACAAUUGUUAGCAAACAAAUCGUGAUGAUCAGCUGAAUUAAGUAUUUUUUUUUAAUUAAAAAUUAUAUUACGCCACUAUAAUUUUAUAAAAUGCUACAAUUAGUGUAGCAAAUUAAAGUAUAAAACUUUAGCGCAUUAAGUAUUGUAACCGUAACAGUAACAGUAACAGUCAAGCUAAGUUGUGUAUAUUUAAUAGACCGAAAAAUAUUAAAAACAUAAAAUAUUUAAUUAAAAGAAAUUAAUAAAUAAAAUUGUAAAAUCGAAA